AUGUCGUUUGAUCGGUUUCUACAAGAAUCUCUUUCAGAGUAUGCCGAAUAUGUAUUCCUAGGGAUUUUCAUAAUGGAGGUCUUGCUCAAACUGUUUGCCAUGGGUACUCGGACUUAUUUUGCUUCCAAGUUUAAUCGCUUUGAUUGUAUAGUCAUUGUUGGUUCUGCAUUUGAAGUUAUUUGGGCCGAGGUGAAAGGAGGCUCAUUCGGUAUAUCUGUUUUACGUGCGCUUCGUUUGCUCAGGAUUUUCAAAUUAACUUCAUACUGGGUGUCGCUUCGUAAUCUGGUUCGAUCCCUGAUGAACUCAAUGCGGAGCAUUAUUUCCUUAUUGUUUCUCCUCUUCCUUUUCAUUCUGAUCUUCGCCCUGCUUGGAAUGCAGCUUUUUGGAGGAAAGUUCAACUUCCAAUCGAUGCAUCCCUACACCCAUUUUGACACGUUUCCUGUUGCCUUGAUCACCGUAUUUCAGAUACUGACCGGUGAAGACUGGAACGAGGUCAUGUACUUGGCUAUAGAAGCCCAGGGUGGCAUUUAUGGCGGUGGGAUGGUCUACUGUAUUUAUUUCAUCGUACUUGUACUAUUCGGAAACUAUACGCUACUGAACGUGUUCUUGGCUAUCGCUGUCGAUAACUUAGCGAAUGCGCAGGAGCUCACAGCAGCAGAGGAAGCGGAUGAGAAGGCGAACGAGAUGGACGACAGUGAGGAGGAGGAGCCGGUAAAGUCGUUUUGA